GGAGACCCUCGCAUAGUUGACGAGUGGAUUCAGGGCCUGGAGUUUAUCUUCGAGGUCAUGGAGUGCCCUGAGAGGUAUCGCGUCAUUUGCGCUCAGCUUCAGCUCACCGGAGAUGCUAGGCUCUGGUGGAACGCUUACUGGGGCAUGCGCCCCGGUGAGAAAGCAGGAUGUACGUGGGAGAUGUUCAAGGACUUAGUCCGUGAGAAGUACUAUCCCACCUACUACCGAGCAGAGAUGGAGCGUCAAUUUCUAUCGCUCCAGCAGGGUACUCGUACUGUCGACGAGUACGAGAGGGAGUUCACGAGACUUGCAGCUUUUGUUCCUGAUCUGGUCCGCACGGAGGCCCAGCGAGCGCAGCGUUUCAUUGACGGACUUUGCCCAGCAGUCCAUCAUAACAUCGUAGGCCACGGGACACAGACGUAUGCUCGAGCAGUCUCCAUUGCUCAGGAGGUGGAUGCUAGUAUCAGAAGGGAGGCCGUUCGUGCCCAUUCGUCUUCAGUUCCACCGACGUCAGCUUUGCCAUCUACCCAGCCGCCCAAGAAUAACAAGAGGAAGGAUAAGGGUGCCCAGACAGAUAAGAGGGCUCGACGAAGGCUUCAGCAGGUUCCACAGUGCCCGACAUGUGGACGACAUCACCGAGGCGAGUGUCGCUUUGGUCAGGAUGUGUGCUACUACUGCCAUGAGCCCGGACACUUUGCGAACCAUUGUCCGAAGAAGGCUCAGCAGCCUCAGCAGCCUCAGCAGCCACCGCAGCAGCAGCAGCCCCGUCAGCAGGCCCAGAGGCAGCCCCAGCAGCAGCAGCAGAGGGGUAGACAGCAGGGCAGAGUCUAUGCCAUUGAUCAGGCAGAGGCAGAGCAGCAGCCAGGUACCAUGUCCGGAAUGGUUAUUCUUAAUAAUGUUCCUGUGUUUGCUUUAUUUGAUACUGGAGCGACACAUACCUUCAUUUCACGACGAUGUCUUGACGCCAUCGGAGUUCGCGCUACUACCGCUAUCGAUCCUCUUGAGGUGAGUUUGGCCUCGGGACGAAAGAUAGUGACAUCAGCUAAAGCCUCAGAUCUUAGCCUUUCCAUCGGUGGCCGAGUUUUGCCUACCGACGCGUUUGUUCUCGAGAUGAAGGACUUCGACCUUAUUCUCGGAAUGGAUUGGCUAUCCUCUUAUCACGCAGAUAUCAAGUGUCACGACCGGGAGAUUACUCUUUAUCUUCCGAGAGAUGAGUCGAUUACUUUCUUCGGCUCCAGAAAUCGUUCUUUGCCUCAUACAGCACGUUCACCUCACGAUGUUCCAGUCGUUCGAGAGUUUGUGGACGUAUUCCCAGACGAGCUUCCAGGAGGACCGCCCGACCGACAGGUGGAGUUUUCUAUCGAUCUCAUUCCAGGGGCCGGUCCAGUAUCCAAAGCCCCGUACCGUAUGGCGCCUAAGGAGUUGCAGGAGCUUAAGGAGCAGAUUCAGGAGCUGUUACGACUCGGUUUCAUCCGACCAAGUGUGUCACCUUGGGGAGCGCCCGUUCUCUUUGUUAAGAAGAAGGACGAAUCCAUGCGCAUAUGUAUCGACUACCGGGAUCUUAACCGGUUGACGAUCAAGAACAAGUAUCUGCUUCCCAGGAUUGAUGACUUAUUUGAUCAGCUGAGGGGAGCCUGUGUGUUCUCGAAGAUUGAUAUGCGAUCAGGCUACCACCAGCUGAAGAUCAAGGAGUCAGAUAUCGCUAAGACCGCUUUCAGGACUCGUUACGGCCAUUACGAGUUUGUU